AUGGCCGGCGAUGGCAAGAUGAAUGUAAAGGGCUACAAAAUUGAGCUCAAUCUGCACGACACGAAGAAAUCGAAUGCCCUUCGUGCUCAUAUCUCAGCUUGGGCAAGAACCAAUAAGUGCUUCAACGUCAAAAACCCCAAAUACCAACAGCUACUCGACUACGCGAUGACCCAUCCUGAGCUCGUUGGUUUUAGGCCGAAAUACCUCACCGAUUGCAUGAAAAAGGUGAAGGAAGGCAAGAAUAAGGCCGGCGAAACCCUAUAUGAGAGAAACUCGGAGGACGAAGCGGAGCGUGACGAACACGUUGAGGUUAAAGUUGCGCGAAGACACCCAAAGUUCACGGAGGUCGCACCGAAUGUCAUCAGAGCUCCUACCACUGUGCACCGCCCCUGGGAAGGUGCAUCCAACACCGACAUGAUCGGAAUGUUGAGAUAUCUGACCUUCGUUCACCUUUACAAUGCUGUCCGCCGGGACCUGCACCUAGCGAGGGAGAUUCGGGCAUUAUACGGCAUAUUGAGAGAUAAUAUCAUCAAGAUUUUAACUGCGGUGAAGCUGACAUGCUGUGUCGUCUUCCGCCAUACCGCAACGCUAGGGAUACCUGAUACGCCUUUUCCGACUAGGCAUUCUUUCCUGAAUGCCAUCCACUCUAAAGAUCCAGUAUGGAACGAGGACCCUGCUGAGCAGAACGAUCGCGAUAUUCAUCCCCCAGAUGCCCGGAAACGUCCCAUGCCCAGCACUCGACAGAGCCUUAAGCACAGGCUCGAUUUGAUCCGUAAGAGGAUGAACCAACAGGUUCUCCUUAAAAGGAAGUCCCCAAGGCAAAUCCCGUUGAAGACGUGGAAUAUGGUGGCCGCCGCAGAAUGCUGGGCAGUCAAUCCAAUCGUGGUAGCAGUGACGGCGGCCGGCACUCCAAUUCCUAGUGACCCUAACUACUAUGGAAAGAAGGUUGCUCCGGGAGGCUAUGUGCUCACUGGAUCACGUUUUCGAUUGGGACGUCCCUGA